AUGGCAGAUUCUGAUUUGGAGGAUGAUUUGUAUAGAGUGGAUAGAGAAGAGAGGCACCGACAAUCUGUGAUUGCGGCGUCUUGGGCUGGAUUGUCCAUGAUCACUGGUAUGGUCUUGGUAGCGGCUGCAAUGCUGGGUUCGAAAUCAGAGGCCAUCUACUUGAUGGACAAAGUGGUGCGUUUCGACACAGCAGGUCCAUUUGGGGAGGAUCUUGACGGGGCCCAUCAAGUCUUGACGACUUUGAUGCUUGUGCGCAUAUUGCUUUUCGUAGGGCUGGCAGUGGUGGUGACCAGUCUUAUCGGCAUCACUGCAAGUACUGGGAAACACAAAUGCUUGGCUGCGACCUAUGGCUCCUGCUCUUUGGCCUGUGCUGGCGUGAUGCUGGUUUUGGCCAUGCAGGUACUGCAAAGGAAAUGGGUGGUUGAGCCUAUGGUGGACAGACAGGUGGAUCACAUCUGCAAUGCCAGCAUCUAUCUCCAGCUUGGGCCUUGGACACGAUGCGUGAGUGGUUGGCGUCGACACUAA